GUUACACAUUUUGAAGUAAAAUGUUACGAACUCCCAUUCUAACUAAAUGAAGUUUGCCUGGCCCGAGUGAUUUAAGUUUUGUGCUACAUAAUGUAUCCCCUGUCCAAAAUAUUAUCACAUCACUCAGAAAAAUUUUGCUGUAGACCUCUGGUCCUCUGCGAUAUUCGAAUGUCUUAAAAGGGGAAACAGUUCCCUUUGGGAAGAAGUGCUUGUGAUUGUAAGUUAGGGUCAGUGUCUUAAAGGAUAUAACUGUCCUUGGGGACAUCUAUUAAAUAUGAAGUAAUUAGAGCUACAGGGGAAUAGUAUGAUUAACAGCUACUUAUAUGGAGGAUCAUGAAGUUUUUGACACAAAACAUUUUGUAGUGCAAUCGUAUGCAGUUUGACAUGCUGACUGUGAAGAGAGAGUAUAGCCACAUACCUAACACCCAUCACUGCAACCAUGAUUAGGUUGGCGCCCCACCGUGCGAGAGUGGAUGUCGGAACCUUUGUGUUGGGGAUCUUUUGCGAGAGGGACCGGAAAAGAGGUGGAUCCUUUUUGUCGCGAUGUGGCGAGGCUGUAAGCUGAGCUCCUCCGGGAGUCGAUUUUUAGGCGGGCUUAGGUCGGUGUACCGGGGCACACGGGCUGACUGUCCUCGCUUAACCACGUCGGCGGGUGAGUGUGUCUGGAGGUCGCGGUCAAGCAGCCCACCGUGCCGAAGGGCUGUUCUGCGCAGGCGCGGCGCGGGAGCGGACCGGUGGCUGUUGCUUGCCUCUGCGCGGGUUUGUUCAAAGAAUCAGCUCAGUUGGACUCUACAAAUUAAACCAUGGGUUGUCAAUGAAUACAGAAUCAUGUGGUUCAAAUCCUGUAGCAUGAAUUUUGCCUUCUUGAAUAGAAUGAAAAGUUACAGGCUCCCUUGGAUAAGACCAUACAGUACUUCCCGGUCCACUGUAGACAGCAAUGAGGUGAAGACCUUCCUGGCCUUGGCUCACAGGUGGUGGGAUGAGCAAGGAGUGUAUGCACCUCUUCAUUCUAUGAACGACCUGAGGGUGCCGUUUAUUAGAGACAAUCUUUUAAAAACAGUUGCUAAUCACCAGCCUGGAAAACCUUUGUCUGGGAUGAAGAUUCUUGAUGUUGGCUGUGGUGGUGGAUUGUUAACAGAACCUCUAGGGCGGCUUGGGGCAUCAGUUAUUGGAAUUGAUCCUGUGGAUGAGAACAUUAAAACAGCACAGCACCAUAAAUCAUUUGACCCAGUCCUGGAUAAGAGGAUAGAGUACAGAGCAUGCUCCCUGGAAGAGAUUGUGGAAGAAACUGCAGAAACAUUUGAUGCUGUUGUAGCUUCUGAAGUUGUAGAACAUGUGAUUGAUCUAGAAACAUUUAUACAGUGCUGCUGUCAAGUGCUAAAACCUGGUGGUUCUUUAUUCAUUACUACAAUCAACAAAACCCAGCUAUCUUAUGCCUUGGGAAUUGUUUUUGCAGAGCAAAUUGCAGGUAUUGUACCAAAAGGUACUCAUACAUGGGAAAAGUUUGUUUCACCUGAAAAGCUAGAGAGCAUUCUGGAAUCAAAUGGUCUUUCAGUUCAAACGGUGACAGGAAUGCUCUACAACCCCUUCUCAGGUUACUGGCACUGGAGUGAAAACACCAGCCUUAACUAUGCAGCUUAUGCUGUGAAAUCCAGCGUCCAGGAACACUCAGGGCCUGAGUUUGCUUUAAAGGGAGAAAGAGAAGAGCUUCGAGCUGAAGCCUCCACCAAUUCAGGUGUGCGUGAAGAGUUGAAGAAAUAAAUUGUUUCUAAGGACUGUAGUAAAACGGCUUGAAAGUCUCAUGUUUACAGUAACACAAAAUAUACUGUUUGUCUUUUGAGACAAGAUCUAAAGAAAGGAAAGUCAAUAAAAACUAGAUAAAGUCAAUAAAAACUAGCUUAAAUAAAA